AUGGCGUCAGUCAAGUUUCUGGAGGAAGUACUCAGUAAGGACGUGGACGAAAACGCGUUCAGUGCAAUAGUGGUGUCGCUGGAAAGCGAGCUCGUCACGAACACAUCUGUCGUUUCCACCGGCAACAGGAGUCACUCCCUGACUGGUCACAACAGCAAUGCUAUCGCAGCUACCACGGCCGCGCCGCAAAAACAACAACAGCAGCACUUGGUCAACGGCACCAGGGCCGCCUCCUCGAUGAACAAGUGUAUUACUAUAGCUGCCACCACCACAACCCACAACAACAAAACUUUAAUGCCGGGCAUCAGUCAGGCGGAUUUUGUUGGCCACCAACAACACCAUCAGCAUCAACAACAAGUACAGCAACAGCAUGUCGUCAAUCCUACCCUGGCUCACAACUAUGCGGCGACGCAACCGAUGAAGUUGCAAGACCCUGUUAAAGUUGUCUAUUCCAAUUCAGCCAACAACCGUAACUAUGUCCCGGUCAACUCAUUGCCAAAUGGCACCAUCAACUCCACCAGUACAGGUUAGAUCAACUUAAGAGUUUGUUGUUAGUCUCAUUAAGUUUCAAUGCUAAACAUCAUUUCUGUAUAUAGGUAUACAAUAGAUUUAUUUCAGUACAAAUUAUUGAUGUAAUGUUUACAUCAUAAAUUUAGUUGUUAAAGUUACAAUUCAACUGUUUCAAUUGCAUGGGUAUUGCUAAACAAUAUUGUAAACUUGUAUUCCAAUUUGUAACUGAUUAAUAUUAUUCUCUAUGGGUUUUACAUGGUUUUAUAUAAAACAACAAUUCUUAUAAUAUCCAUUGAUGAAAAGUUAAAUUAAAUUGUGUUUAUUUACAUUACCUAUGGACAGUGAAUUACAGUGUAAUUUAUGACCUAUAUAUGCUAAGCUCUCGCAUGAUAUUAAUACAUUUUGAAAGUUAAGAGUUAAGAGAUAAGUAACCCACUUUUUUCUUGUAUUUCGUUUUUUCAAUUUGAUUACACUCCAGUAGUUAUAAUGUUGACAAUAUUAUACACAAAACUACAUUCAACAUGUUGACAGUUAGAUGCCUGAAAUGAGUUUAAAUAUUUUAACUAAAUUUAACACAUUUUACAUAGAUAGAUAUUUCUUGUGUAAAUUGUAUUUUAAUAUUUGUUAUCAUCAAUUUAUACAAGUGUAUUUAUUUCAACUUUGCCUAGUUAAAAUAUUUUUUUUGUGAAAUUGUUCAUCUAUAACCUAUUGAAACUAUUAAGUUAGAUAACACUAAUAUAAUUAGGUUAGUUAAUUUUUGUUAAUUACACAAUUUUUUCCUAAUCAUUUUGGUUUUGUUUUAGGAACUGGAACGGCUGUUGUGAUUAAAUCAACUCCUCAACAGCAACAACAAAAUUCACCUCCAGUUUCCACAAUGACAUUAACUGGACAAGUUUCAUCCAAUCAAUCUCCAACUACAUCCAAUGUCAUUACUGUUUCUAAACAAGGUGUAGGUUCUAGUAACACUCCUCAAACAAUUCUACCAGCAAAUUUACAAAUACUAAAUGUAAAUGCUUUACGACCUCAGAAUUCACAAGGUGGUGGGGUUAAUAAUAAAAAUAUGUCAAGAGUAAUGUUACCUCAUCAAGUAGUUAAUGCCCGACCUGGAGCACCAGGGGUAAGUUAGAAUUUAUCAAAUAUUAAAUAUUAAUAUGAACUCCUGUUAUGAUUUAUUAUGUGUUCAAAGUGUUGCAUCUAUUUAUUUUUUAAGAAAAGAAAGGAACUUAAGAAUAGGAUGAACCACCCAGGUUGUAUACUAGACAAAAUUAAACAAGUGUUGGAUAACAAUUUUGAAUGGCCGAGUUAGUAUAAUGAUAUAAAAUAGUAUGACACACCAUUGAUGAUGUAUGUGUUAGUGUGUUGAGCAUUUAAUAUCAAGGAUAAAAUAAAAAUGGAAAAGUAGAAAUAAGAAUGUUAACGUGGAAGUGUAGGGAGCCUAGGUUUGGAACGAUAAUUAUAAUAGUCUAAGAAUAGCGGGUAGUUUAUAUAGGACUAUAUGAAGGCAUGUUACGUAAAUUGAGUCAUUAUAAAGGAGGUUUAUUAUCAUUAUCUAAAGGCAGUGCCUUGUGAUAACCAUUCAUUGCUGUUGUUCCCUAAACUGUAUAUUAAAUGAUAAAUAUUGUGAUAGGGAGAUAUGAGGGGAAAAAUCAGAGUAACUGACCCUAAUUGCAUGAGAUAGAGCCAAAGAUAAAGAGCUAAAAUAUAUGAGUUGUAUGUAUUAUUAGAAAAAAAGAGAUUUUGUGUAGGAUAUAUUGAAAUACCCAGAUUAUAUAAAAUAUGUUUAUUAUGUAUUCAUGUAAUAUUUUGAAAUUAUAAUAAAUUAUAGCUUACAUUACAAGCCCUUCAACAAGCACAAGGUGGACAUAUAUUAUUAAAGACUGAAAAUGGCCAGUAUCAGUUAUUACGUGUUGGUCCUGCACCUGGUCAAGGAACUGCCAUUACUCAAAAUAAUGCAAAUUUUAGAGUACAAUCUGUUCCUACAGCUGCAACUGUAAGUUUUAUUUAAUAAUUCUAUUUAAAGUUAUUUUUAUGUAGUUGUUUAUCUUAGUUUUUUGGGCCUAUUUAAAUAAUAAUAAUAACAAUACUAGUUUUCUAAAAUUCAUAGGUUUAACGUAAUUUUAGCUAAGGAUAUUAGUUAAAAAACCAUAAAUAAAAUUUGAUUCUAUAAUAAUAACAAUAAUAAUAACAACAAUAAUAAUAAUAAUAAUGCAAAUAAAAGGUAUAGAUAUAUGUUUGAAUAAACGUUUUAAUUGUAUUUAUACAGGGUGUUUUUUUUUUUUUUACCGUGAACCAGUAAUUAUCUAUCUCUGUGGACUUUAAGUGAAUUUGAUUUCUGUUUUAAGCUUUAUUUUAAAUCCAUUUUAAUUUUUAUCUCUACUCCAUAUACUUAAAAUAAGUACAUACUUUUGGUUUCAAAUAGGUACAUAUUUUUGGACGAUUAUUCGAAUUAUGAAUAUUUUUUGGAAAUUUUGGUAUGCGUAACACUAAUAUCAGUUUUAUCGUUUAAGAGUUAUAACUGUUUAAAGUUUUGAUCGGAGAAGUAGAGAAGGGUAAUAAAUUGUACAUCUAUUAUUAAAUGAUAAAUUGGUGGGGAUAUCAAUUUGAAAAGUAUUUAUUUAUUUAUAGUAUAUGGAAUAGGAGUAGAAAAAUAAAAAUGGUUUUGAAAUAAAGUUUACAUGAAUCCACAAUGAUUAAAAAAAAAAAAAAAACAAAUCAAAUUCACUUUAAAACCUUCAAGAUAAUUGUUGGUUCAUGAUAAAAAAAAGUUACUCUGCAGUGUCAUACGUUUUUGAUACAUUUAAUUUUACUUUUUACUUUUGUUACCUAUUAAACUUUUGCUGAUACAUUGUAGUUUGGUUAGUUUAACUUGUUAUUACAAACUGUAAUAAAUUAUUUGACAUUAUUAAUAAUUUUAUUUAUUAAACUAUAUAAUUGUUUUAAAAAUGAAAACGUUUACUGUAUUAAUUAUUAAAUCCAGUAAAGUCAUAUUCAUAUUGUUUAUUUCUAUUUCUAUUUACUAAUAAAAUAUAGUAACACAAUAAUGAGUUAUUAAAUAUUUAUUUUUUACAAAUAUUUUUUUGGUACCAUUCAGUUAUCAGAUAAUAAUAACUAACAACAAGAAAUGAUAUAAACUGGCCUUUCUACUAACUUUUUUAAAUGGUUUGCUAUAAAUACUUUAGAACAAGUCUUAAAUGAACUUAUAGAGAAAUUUGUAAGUGCGUAUAAAAUUGAAUGACGGAAUACAAUUUCAGAACAAUGUUUCUAUUGCUGGUACACCAACGACACCAACUCAAGCAAUAGCUCAACCUCAACCGGUAAUUUUCAUUAAUUAAUCUUAUAAAAAUCUUGUGAAAUUCAAGUAAAUUGUGAUGUUUAAUAAUUUUCAAGGCUCAGCAAAAAGUUCAACAAGAAAACACAAAAGAAAAAUGUCGCAAAUUUUUAGCCAAUUUGCUUGAGUUGUCAAGUAAAGAACCAAAACCUGUAGAAACAAGGGUGCGGAAUCUUAUACAAGAACUGGUUGAUGCAAAAGUAGAACCAGAACAAUUUUGUGAUAGGUUGGAGAAACUAUUGAAUGCUUCACCACAACCGUGCCUUAUUGGAUUCCUCAAGGUAUUAAUAUUAUUAUUUUGUAUAUAAUUCAUUUUUAUUAAAAUAUUUUUGUUAUUUGUUUAUAGAAAAGUUUACCACUCUUGAGGCAAUCACUUAUGUUAAAAGAAAUGGUGAUUGAUGGCAUUCGGCCACCACAAAUCAGUUCGUUGACUCAACCUACUGUUGUUUUAGCUAAUCAACAGCAAGCAACGGUAAAAUUAUUUAUUUAUUUUUAUACUACAUAUUUAAUCAAAAUUUGGUUUAAGAAUUGGUCUUUUAAACUUUUUAUUAAAAUAUUAAUCUAAUAAAUUAUUAAUAAUAUAUGUACCUAAAUUAUUUUAUAUUGAUUAAAAAUAGCAUUAUGUUAAUAAUUGCUUAAAUAGUUUAAAUUUUAUACUUUAGAAAAUAUAAAAAGUAUAAAUGAUUUAAAGUACAAAAACUGAAAAUUCCGAUUUUUUUUUUAAUAUGUUGUUCUUAUAAUCAUUACCUACGUAAGAUGUAGCCAAUGUUAUCUAUACAAUUGUUCUGAAGUAAACUGUGUUUUGUUUUAUUUAUUUGUUAUCUGUUUGAUUACAUAUUUAUUAAUUUAUAAAUUCAUACUUGAAAAUUAUUAUAAAUAAUAUGGAGUUUCCUUAUAUUUUAUUUUUUUCGCUGUGUUUUAUGUGAUAAAUGCCAAUUAUUAAAUAAAUAUUAAUUUUUAAGUUUAUUUAAUGUUAUUCAAAUUUGUAUUAUCAAAUUGUAGAUUAUGGAUAUAGUAUUCAGUUUUAUAUUUUUGUGUAGUUGAUUUUACUAAAAAUUAAAAAAAAAAAAAAAAAAAAAUAAUUUGUAGUAUAAUAUUUAUAUAUAAGUACUCAGUAUUUUAUACUAAUAUUGUCCCUCUAUAUUUUGUUAACGCACUACUCGUAAGAUAAUAUAAACAAAAUGUUCGAAAAAAUCUAUUUUUUCUUUAAUAUCCCUUUAUGACAAUUUUGAAUUUCCAUUUAAUGGCAAUGAAAAAAAUUAUUUUAUGUCGUCAAUCUAUUAAGUAGCUAUUUAAGCUCAAUAUGAAUCAAAUUGGUUAGUAAACAAUUUUUAUGCAAUAUGUAUUUAUUACCUACUAGAUGUUUUUAUUUAAAAAUAAUUCCUGCCAUUUUUGUAGUGUACAAUUUUAACGUUGAUAUAAUAUAAUAUAAUUUAUAUGAUAUAUAUAUAUAUAUAUUAUACAAAAUUUCAUAUUUUAGUGAUGACAAAUGUAUUAAAAUUUGCAUUUCUUAUACAUAUCUAUCACUUUGAAAUUUGGUGGACUGAAAGCAAUAACUUAAUAAAUAAUAAAUACUACAUACAGUGUUGUUAUUUUACAUUCCGACAUACAAAUUGUAUGACUACAAGCUAUAUGGCAUUAGUUAUUUUAGUAAUUAAAUAUUAUUAUAUUUUAACUAGAAUACACAAGUAAUGGCAAAUAUCUUAAGUACUGCUUCUAAUCAACAAACGGUUAGAAUAAUGACUUCCCAACCAACCCUCACGCCAGCAAGGACAAUUAAUACUCAACAACAACAACAACAACAACAGCAACAACAACAACCACAACCACAACAACACCAUCAACCACAACCACAUAGGAUUAUUUCUGUAAGUAAAUUUAUAUUCUUUAAUCAAAAUACAUUUUACAAAAAUAAACCCGACAAUAUUAUGUUCACUUUAAAUAAAUGUAUUAUUAAAUCAUAAAUCUUAAAGAUAACUAGUUAAUAAAUGGAAAAGUAAUGAUGUUCAUAAAGUUUAUAAAGUAAUCAUUUUUUAUUUUUAGCUGUUUGACUGAAUUUAACAAAAAAAAUGUUUAUAAUCUCUUUUAUUCAAGUUAUAGUCUACUCUAUGUAAAACCAAUAACAUUGUCUAUGUAUUUCUUAUUUUUAUUGAUAUUUGUCUUAUUUUAAUUUUUAACAAAUUUAUAUAAAUUUUGUACAAUCCUUAAUGUAUUCUAAUAUUCUAAAUUAUAACUUAUAAUUAUUCGACAUUGUAUUAUUUUGGAUACACUUUUAGAAUUUAUAUUUAAAUUCAUUAUUAUAUUAUUAUAAUAUAUACAAUUUUGUGUUUUAUUGGCUAGUGCAGUGUUUAAUGAAUGCCUGAAAAAAUGAAAUACUUAAUGUCUAUAAAUUAUAAAACAAACCUUGUAAGCAAUUUAAUACUGUAGAGGCUAGUACCUAAAGUAGUGUUCAAAUACUUAUUAUUAUAUCUUUCUUAAUUAUUGUUAAUACUUAAUUUUCUUCUUUUUAAUUUGUUGUUUUUUUUUUUGCAAUUACAGCAACCAGUCAGGGUACAAACCCCAACAGGUAUUACAACUGUUAAUAAAAUGGGUUCAAUUCGUAUUCAACCACCAGUCGCAUCGUCUCAAACUGGUACUCUUCCACCGCCACUUACAUCAACCUCAACCCCAAGACCAAUGGGUGGUGGACGACAGAUGCUUGUAAAAGCAGUACCUAUAAAGACCCCUAUUGGUUCACAUAUUAAAAUCAAUACUACUUUAGCGCCAUCGACCGUACAAACUAAUAGUAUAACAAUACCUCAACCUCGUAUACCGCCAUCACCAAAUUUAAUAGCACAGCCAACAAUGAUCAAUAAAGUUCCAACUCCAAUUAGUGCGCCUACUCCAAUUGUCGUUCCACCUAAACCUCCAAUUAAAGAGAAAGAAAAAAAGUCAUUUUCAUCGUCAGCAGCAUAUGUGUAUGUAAAAUAAUGUGCUUAGUUUAAUUUUAAAAUAAACUUACAUAACAUAAUAUAAUAUAAUUGAUUAUUCAUGUUAUUAUUAGUGGUGAUGAUGAUAUUAAUGAUGUCGCUGCUAUGGGUGGUGUAAACCUAGCAGAAGAAACCCAAAGAAUAUUAGGAUCCACUGAAUUUGUUGGAACACAAAUUAGAUCCUGUAAAGAUGAAAUACUAUUACCACAAAAUCCAUUAGUAACAAAAAUUAAACAAAUUGGUAAAUAUAAUAAGUAAUUUAUUUUGUUAAGUUUAUUCUUAUUUGAAAUCCAAACAAAUUGGAUUGAAUUUAAAUAUAGAAAUUUCAAAAUACAUUUUGAUUGAUAUACUAAUGUUGAUUGUGAUUAUAUGGAUUUAAUAUAUAUAUAUUUUUUUUUUUUUUUAUUUUUAAAAAGUAAUACACAAUCUGUAGAUUCAAUUUUUUACAAUAAGCGUAUGGGCGAUAAGUUAUUUUAGCGUGAAUUGACCGAUAAAAGAAGCCACCCAGCGGUGACAUUUAAUAGCUUGACUAAAUAUAUAUAUUAAACAUUUAGAAUUGUGUAAUUAUCAAAAUAAUGUACAAAACAAAAUAUAUUUUUAGUAAAACAAACUGUCAUGAAAAUAAUUUGAGUAUGGUUUAGUUAUUAAAUUAAUAAUUAAUAAUUAAAAAAAUAAAUAAUAAUAAGUAAUAUUUUAGUUGUUUAUACUCAAAAAAGUAAAAUAAAUGUAUGAAUACCUCGACAAGCAGUAUUUUUUUUAAAUAAUAAUAUAGUUAUUGGAUUUAAAUUAUUUAAAUGGUAUUGUAAAGUAUAUUGAGAUGAUCAAUUUGUCUUAUUUUGAUAACAAGGGAAGUUGACUUUGUGGCGUGUAUCUGUUGGGGUCCAUUUGUUACACUGAUCAAUGAUAUACUCUUCGUUAAUUAUUGUUUGACGAUCAAUAAAUUGAUGACUUGUUCCUCAUUUUCCUGUUCAUUUUUCAUAUUGAGUUAAAUGCAUUGGUAAUUAAUUUUUUUUGUUGUCAAAUUGAUCGUGAUUUUAAGUUCACAGAAUGUGUUAUUAAAUUUGAGGGAAAUUUAACAUUUUAAGUGUUUAUAAGGUAUCUCAGUACCUAUGUAAAAAAUGUGACAUUUUCUUUCAAGUUAUAUAUUAUUGUAUCUUAAUUUUUGUUUACAGUAAAUAAAGAAGGUUUAGACGAUACCGCUGCUGAUGUACCAGCAUUAAUAUCUCAUGCGGUUGCUGAACGUUUAAAAGACCUUUUAGAAAAAUUUGCUGUUGUAGCUGAACAUCGUUUAGAUUUUAAUAAAGUAAUUAAUAAAAUACUUAAUAUUAUAUUUGUUUAACAUUAUUUAUUUUAUGUUAAGGCGGAUAAACGUUAUGAAAUUACUAGAAAUGUUAGAGGUCAAAUCAAAUGUCUUGAAGAAAUUGACAAGGUUGAGCGUAAGAAACAAGAUGAAAUGGAACGAGAACUCUUGUUACGGGCUGCUAAAAGCAGAUCUAAAAAUGAAGAUCCAGAACAAGCAAAAUUAAAAGCUAAAGCCAAAGAGGUUCACAACAUUAUUUUAUUUUUUUUAGGAUUAUUUGUGAACAAGUAUUUUUUGAAUGUUUAGAUGCAAAGGGUAGAAAUGGAAGAAAUGCGACAACGGGAAGCUAAUCUCACUGCCUUAAAUGCAAUAGGACCCCGGAAAAAACCCAAAUUAGAACCAGGAUUAAGUCCUAGUUCACAGGUAAAUUUAAAUUUAAUUAUAUGUAUUUUUCAAAUUCAUCAUUCAGUCAUUUUCAAAAUACAAAGUUACUUUGUAUAAGUGCACCUCUUUCACAUUAAUUACAUUGAAUAAUCAUUUAGUGAAUUUCAAUGAAUUAAGUAAACAAUUUUAAAUAAUUUAUUACAAAACAAUUAUUAUGCUAUUCAAACAGUAUUAUCUAUAAUUGUUUCUUUUGAAUUAAUUUAUUAACCUUUUAACACAUGCACAGGGUAAAUAAUGACCCCAGUCAUAUUUAAUAUCAUAAUAACAUUAUUAUUAUUAUUAUUAAAGAUAAGUCAUUUUGUACCUUUCUAAAUAUGGUUUAUCUACAGUUAUUCGGUAUUUCCACUUUUUUUUUUGCGUUACUGAAAAUUAUACUCGAAAAUGUUGUCGUUGACUAAUCACUGUGUUCUAUUUAAUAUUAAAUAUUGCUAGACUUAAUUCACAAAUUAUUUUUCACGAAAAUACACAAAUUAAAAUGACAUUUGAAUUUUUUGAAAAAUUUGUUCAGACAUUUGAUGGAACCUAUUAAAAUAUGAUUAUUACUAAAGAUAUGCUACUGAAAACAAUUAAAUGUAAAAUAAGGCAAUAUUGUAAUAUAUCAUAUGGUGAAACUUGUGACAUUGAGCAUCGAGUAAGACCUUCAGGAAGGUGUUCUUUUUGUGAAAGAUCCAAAUAUAGGAAAACCACAAAAGUUUGUACGAAUUGUGCAAAAUUAAUAUGUCGUGAUUCUUUAAUUAGAACUAGUCCAAAUUAUUUUAUAUCAUCUGUAUGAUGAUACCUAUACAGGUAUCAAAUGUAAAAUAAAAUAAAAAUUUAAUAAUUAUGUGUUUCAAAUCAUUUUUGAUGUUUGAUAACUAAAAAAUAUUGAAAUAAUUACUGUACAUAAUUCAUUUUUUGGGGUAAAAUUUUAUCCCAUGCCCGUGGUCAAAGGUUAAUGACUUACCUCACUUCUAUCUUAAACAAUACAUUUAAAACUUUAAUUAUAUGUUAUCUAAUAAUAUAAUAUCAAAUAUUUUAGAACUUGUGCCUGAAUAUUUUAUAAUGUUUUACUAUAUUAUUAUUAACUAAUGCAUAAUAUUUACUUUAUACUAAACUAAAAUAAACUGUUACUGUUGAAAUUUUAAAUACUGGACAAUUAAUUUUUAUUUUCAGAACCAAAAUUCUAGUAUUAGUACGAGCUUAACAAAUAGACAAACAGUAAGUAGUUCUAAUUAUAACAAUAGUUUAAAAAUAAAUUUAUAUUUUAUUUUAAUAGAUACCAAGACAAAGGAUAAAACGUGUUACCAUGCGAGAUACUCUAUUUGUACUUGAACAGGAAAAAGAUAUACGCAGAAAGGCAAAUUUUAUGUUCAAACCAUUUUUAAAGUGA